AUGAAGUUAAUUAUUUUUUUUUUUGUAAUUAUUAGUGGUACUGUUGGACAACAAGAAUUGUCUAGUUAUCCUGAAUUUGUACCAAUGGAAAAUUUUAAUUUUCAUGAGUUGUUAGGUAAAUGGUAUGAAAUUAAAAGAAUUCCAAAUCGAUUGGAGCUAAAUCAGACAUGCAGUGCGCUUUCUAUCACUUUAAAUUAUGUUAAAACAAUGACCAUUGAUGUUCCAUCUUUAAAUUCACUAACUGGUUUUUUAAAUAAAUGGGCUGCUGUGGGAACACCAACGAGACGAGGAUAUCCAUCUGAAUUUAAUUUAAAAUUUCCAGUACUGGCACUUCAAAGAGAAAGAACAUUAACCAUUUUGGAUACUGAUUAUAAAAAUUUUCAAGUUGCAGUUAUGAUUGAAACUCUUGAUGAUUCUAGCUUCUUGGAAUAUAUUUGGAUUUUAUCAAGAAAAACUAGCCUUGAACAAGUAUAUUUGGAUCAUGCUUUCAAUACUCUACAUAUGAACAACAUUGAUACUGAUAUUUUUGAAUCUGUUGAUCAAAAUAACUGUCCAACAAUCUCAUUCGAAUAG